AUGCCAUCAAAUCACUCAAACGUCUCUGCGCAGCAAGGUGUAGCGACACGCUUCUGGAAGGCAUUGCAGUAUGUCCUCCAGGAUGGCUCCCCAAAAACUACCACGGCGGUCGACUUCCUCGCCAACGAUUCAAACAUCGCGACUUUGAACAGCCCGUCGUCGAUUACCGCUGCCGGAUUUAAUCUCCCCAUCCCAAUGAACCGUUCAGAUCUCAAGUCUUGGAUCGCGAACUCCCCGGCCCAAAGCCACUCUUCUACUCUCCUCCGCCCGCCACCAUCGGCGUGCCCCCCAAGGCAGUCCUCUCCUCGGACGGCCUACGAAUGGGCGGCAUACCUAGACAACACCCGUUCCGCCCUGCUCCACGGCAGCAAACUCUGCGAACCAGCGACAACAGACUCUUGGCGUGAGCUUCUAUUCAACGGCGGCCAGCCGGUACCCAAUGGACCCUGCCGCGCAUCCUGGGAGAUGGUUUCCUUGGUUGAAAGUGGCAACUUCGUCAACUGCAUCCUUUCUGACACAGAGGAGGCCCCGGCGUCAUCGCUCCUCCGCACCGAGCUGGUCUCUCUUCUCGCCCUUGUCUGCCGCCAGAUUUGUGGCCUUGAGCCGCGACAGAGGACGAGCCCCGCAGACUGGCAGGUUUCUAUGACUCUCACGACCUUCACCCCGUCCCGGGUCCGUGUCUGCAAUGCUCACCUCGAUCCUAUACUUCCGAAACUCUACAUCGCUAUACACCUCGACACUCCUAUUAACAAUCUGGUCGGGCCCGAGUCUGAGGAGGGAUGGCUGGACGUAGUGGGAUGGCUUACAGCCGCACCAUCAGCUACUAAGCUGCAUGUCGGAAAGAGAAGGGAAGAGCAGAACGAUAAGGCUGCUUCCGAAAGGCUGUUCUCUGGGUCUAGCAACGGCACAAGCAGCUCCGGUGACUCGUUGGCGUCGUCCAACUAA